GCUCCAAAUAUUACUAUACAAUUUGUAACAGUUGUUAUUACCAUAUUUUGUUACCAUACCAGUGGCUGUUACAGUAUGAAUAAUAUUCAAUCGUGAAAAUGUAUAAUAAAAAUGACUAUGACCAGAUAAAGCUACAGAAAGUUAUUAAGCGCGCCAAACUUUUUACGAUACAACGGUUGACAAGGAGGAUGAAAAUGUUAAAAAAUAAACGGGGUACAGAACAACAGCGGGCAAAAAACCGGAGAAAAAUCACAAGACUGGAGGAGGAGAUGGAGAGAAUUAAAGACAUUAACAGUGAAAAAGUGUCAGAAAUCAUCACAAGUAGGAUGUCACUGGAUCAAAGUGAGCUUUCCACUUAUAAUUUAGAAGAACAAGCACUUUGGAAGUUAAUCUCCUCAAACCCUAUUCAGGAUUAUUUGAAUUCAAGCAGCAUGCCUGCAUUAAUACCUCAAUUUAAAGAUGUUUCUUCAACAAAAAGAUUGCAAGACAAUUUAGAUAAAGCUUCCCCUGAAAUCUUUGAAGACAGCGAGAGUAACUGUCACAAGAAUAUUUCCUGUCAUUACCAAGGUGUUAUCAAUGAGUUGAAUGAUAAAAACUUUUCUAAUGAUCACGUCAACCAAUCAGAUUCCAAGUUGAGGUGUUCCGACAAUCAAAGCAACCUAUCAGAUAUUGAUAUGAGCAUCAUAGAUGAGAAUAUUGGUCAAUCAAAGGUUCAAUCCAUGCAUACCUCAUUUUUUGUCCACAAUCUUUCUUCAGCUAAGGGGAAUGAAAAUAAAAAAGUUCAGCAACAAAAUAGAUUCAUGGAUCAGAGCAAAAAAAACAAGUUCAAUGUUAAGAAAAAGCAAGCCAGAGUAUCCACCAACAGAAUGGGGCAACGAGCAAGACAAAAACUAUGGAGGCAACAAUAUGGCUCAAAAGCUAAACAUGUUAAGAAAUUUACAAAGAAAACAAGGAUUGAACCAAAUUCGAAGAAAGAGAAUGAAAAACCAAGGCAAAAAUUCACUGCUGUAAAGAGAAAAGAGGUCAAGAAUGACUUAUCAACUAACCAUCCUUCAUGGGAAGCUAGCAAACGACGCAAACUACAACAUAAUAUCAGCGAAGUAAAGUUUCAAGGACAGAAAAUCACUUUUGAUGAUAGCGAUUAAACAGUUAAAACGUCUUACAUUCUAAAGAGUGGGAUUUUCAUUGUAAAUAGUACAAUUUAAUAAUUAAAUAUUUAUUGCAUUAGAUGAAAAA